CCUAGCAACGAGCAUCGAAGAUCCCCUGGAUCCUAGGCAGAAGGGAGCAUUUCAGCAGCGCCCCCAGCAAAUGCUCCAGCCACCGGUGUUGCUGCUUGUCGCUGCUGCCCAGGCCAGUCGGCCAGAAGGAACCACUGCUUCCGAGUCCUGGGCUGUCUCCAAAGCCUCCUGCAGGGUCCAGAACUGCACGGCCCCCAAGUGCAGAGGUGCUCGGCCCUGUCGAUCGCUGUCGCCCCCAACACCCAGUCCCGGCGUGAAGAAGAGACAGGUGUCCCUUAACUGGCAGCCGCUGACACUGCAGGAGGCCCAAGCUCUGCUGAAGCGGCGGCGACAGCCCCAUGGGCUGGGGGGCCGAUCCCUGCUGAGAAGGAGGCCCCCCCAGCACAACCCUGUGGGCCAGGCCCCGGUCCUGUGUCCGUUGAUCUGUCACAACGGCGGCGUGUGCGUGAGGACCGACCGCUGCCUCUGUCCCCCGGACUUCACUGGCAAGUUCUGCCAGUUGCAUUCUUCGGGGGCGCAGCCGCCCGCCCCAGCCAUGCCAGGCCACACCCGCUCAGUGUACACGAUGCCUCUGGCCAACCACCGCGACGACGAGCACGGUGUGGCCUCCAUGGUGAGCGUGCACGUGGAGCACCCACAGGAGGCCUCGGUGGUGGUGCACCAGGUGGAACGAGUGUCUGGCUCGUGGGACGAGUCUAAUGCCGAGGCCGUGGCAAGGGCCGAGGCGGUGGCCCGGGCCGAGGCCGCGGCUCCUUACACGGUGCUGGCCCAGAGCGCACCCCGCGAGGAAGGCUACUCGGAUGCCUCCGGCUACGGCUAUUGCUUUCGGGAGCUGCGCCAAGGCGAAUGCGUAUCCCCGAUGCCCGGGCUGCGGACUCAGGAUGUCUGCUGCAGAGGGGGUGGCCUGGCCUGGGGUGUUCACGACUGUCAACCAUGCUCUGAGUACUUGGGGAACCCCGACCGAGGGGCAGAUGGACCUUGUCCAACAGGCUUUGAAAGAGUUAAUGGGUCCUGCCAAGAUGUGGAUGAGUGCGCCACAGGCGGGCGCUGCCAGCAUGGAGAGUGUGCGAACACGCGUGGCGGCUACACAUGUGUGUGCCCCGAUGGGUUUCUGCUCGAUUCCUCCCGAAGCAGCUGCAUCUCCCAACACGUGAUCUCAGAGGCCAAGGGGCCUUGCUUCCGAGUGCUCCGCGACGGUGGCUGCUCGCUGCCCAUUCUGCGAAACAUCACCAAGCAGAUCUGCUGCUGUAGUCGCGUGGGCAAAGCCUGGGGCCGGGGCUGCCAGCUCUGUCCCCCCUAUGGCUCAGAGGGUUUUCGAGAGAUCUGCCCGGCCGGCCCAGGGUACCACUACUCAGCCUCUGAUCUCCGUUACAACACCAGACCUCUGAGCCAGGACCCACCCCGUGUGUCUGUCAGCCAGACCAGAACCCCGAUCUCCACCAACAGGCCACCAAUAGAGUCCAGACCUGAGCGCCGGCCUGACACCCGGCCUGACACCCGGCCCGAUCGAAGGCCUGAAACCCGGCCUGACCAUCGGCCCGAGCCCCGGCCUGACCGUCGGCCUGAAACCCGGCCAGACCAUCGACCUGAAACCCGGCCUGACCAUCGACCUGAAACCCGGCCUGACCGUCGGCCUGAAACCCGGCCUGAGCACCGACCCGAGGUCAGACCAGAGCGCAGACCAGAUCCCAGACCCGAACGCAGACCAGAGGCCCGUCCAGGUCCUGAGCUUCCUGUUCCCAGCAUCCCAGCUUGGACUGGACCUGAGAUCCUCGAAACAGGUGCCUGUCAGCGAAAUCCUCAGAUCUGUGGAGCAGGUCGUUGCAUCCCCCGACCCAGCGGCUACACCUGUGCCUGCGACGCUGGCUUCCGGAUCAACCCCCAGGGCACACGCUGCAUCGAUGUGGACGAAUGUCGCCGGGUACCUGCACCAUGUACUCCUGGGCGCUGCGAAAACACGCCUGGCAGCUUCCGUUGUGUGUGUGGUCUGGGCUACCGAUCUGGCCCACGGGCCACGGAGUGUCUGGAUGUGAAUGAAUGCCACCGCGUGCCACCACCGUGUGAUCGCGGACGCUGCGAGAACACGCCUGGCAGCUUCCUAUGUGUGUGCCCAGCUGGGUAUCAGGCCGAGCCCCAUGGAGCCAGCUGCCAAGAUGUGAACGAGUGUACCCAGAGCCCGGGCCUGUGUGGCCGUGGGGUGUGUGAGAAUCUGCCCGGCUCUUUCCGCUGUGUCUGCCCGGCUGGUUUCCGGGGCUCAUCCUGUGAGGAGGACGUGGACGAGUGUGCCCAGGUGCCGCCACCCUGUGGGCCUGGCCGCUGUGACAACACCGCCGGCUCCUACCACUGUGCGUGUCCCUCGGGCUUCCGGUCCCGAGGGCCUGGCGCCCCCUGCCAAGAUGUGGAUGAGUGUGCACGGAGCCCCCCACCCUGCUCCUAUGGCCGGUGUGAGAACACUGAAGGCAGUUUCCAGUGUGUCUGCCCCACUGGCUUCCAGCCCAACGCGGCCCGCUCUGCAUGCGAGGAUGUGGAUGAGUGUGAGAACCACUUGGCAUGUCCGGGGCAGGAGUGUGUGAACUCACCCGGCUCAUUCCAGUGCAGAGCCUGCCCUGCUGGUCACCACCUCCUCCGAGGCCGCUGCAUGGAUGUGGAUGAGUGUAGUUCGGGCGCUUCCUGCGGCCCCCAUGGACACUGCACCAACACCGAAGGUUCCUUCCGCUGCACCUGCGCCCCCGGCUACCGGGCUCCAGCGAGGCGGCCUGGGCCCUGUGCAGACAUUAACGAGUGCCUGGAGGGAGACUUCUGUUUCCCCCAUGGCGAGUGCCUCAACACGGAUGGCUCCUUCGCCUGCACUUGUGCACCCGGAUACCGGCCUGGACCCCGUGGAGCCUCUUGCCUUGACGUGGACGAGUGCAGCGAGGAAGACCUUUGCCAAAGUGGCAUCUGUACCAACACCGAAGGCUCUUUCGAGUGUGUCUGUCCCCCUGGACACCGUGCCAGUGCUGACCUUGCCUCCUGCCAAGACAUUGACGAAUGUAGAGAGCAGGGCCCGGCCCUGUGCGGGUCACAGCGCUGUGAGAACUCACCAGGCUCCUACCGCUGUGUCCGUGAUUGCGACCCUGGAUACCACGCGGGCCCAGAGGGCACCUGUGAUGACGUGGACGAGUGCCAAGAGUAUGGAGCAUCAAUUUGUGGAACUCAGCGCUGCGAGAACACCCCUGGCUCCUACCGCUGUAUGCCGGCCUGUGAGCCCGGCUAUCAGCCUACUCCUGGCGGGGGAUGUCAGGAUGUGGACGAAUGCCGGAACCGAUCCUUCUGCGGGUCCCAUGCCGUGUGCCAGAACCUGCCAGGCUCCUUCCAGUGCCUCUGUGACCAGGGCUACGAGGGGGCGAGGGACGGGCGCCACUGCGUGGAUGUGAACGAGUGUGAGACGCUGCAGGGUGUGUGUGGAACUGCCUUGUGUGAGAACGUGGAAGGCUCUUUCCUCUGUGUCUGCCCCACCAGCCCUGAGGAGUUUGACCCCAUGACAGGGCGCUGUGUUCCCCCAAGGACUUCUUCAAGUUCUGCCGGCACAUUCCCAGGCUCGCAGCCCCAGGCGCCCUCCAGCCCAAAUCGGCCAGCCAGCCCAAAUCGGCCAGCCAGCCCAAAUCGGCCAGCCAGCCCAAAUGUGCCCGCCAGGCCGCCACCACCGCCACCCCCGGCCCGCAGACCCAGCACACCAAGGCAGGGCCCUGUGGGCAGCGGUCGCCGGGAGUGUUACUUUGACACCGCAGCUCCCGAUGCCUGUGACAACAUCCUGGCGAGAAAUGUGACAUGGCAGGAGUGCUGCUGCACGGUAGGCGAGGGCUGGGGCAAUGGAUGCCGCAUCCAGCAGUGCCCGGGCACUGAGACAGCCGAGUACCAGUCAUUGUGUCCCCAUGGUCGGGGCUACUUGGCACCUAGUGGAGACCCCAGCCUCCGGAGAGAUGCUGACGAGUGCCAGCUCUUCCGGGACCAGGUGUGCAAAAGUGGUGUGUGCGUAAACACAGCACCGGGCUACUCAUGUUACUGCAGCAACGGCUUCUACUACCAUUCCCAGCGGAUGGAGUGUGUGGAUAAUGAUGAGUGCGCCCUGGAUAACGAUGAGGAGGAGCCGGCUUGUGAGGGUGGCCGCUGUGUCAACACCGUGGGCUCCUACCACUGCACCUGCGAACCCCCACUGGUGCUGGAUGGCUCCCGGCGCCGCUGUGUCACCAACGAGAGCCAGAGCCUAGAUGACAACCUCGGAGUGUGCUGGCAGGAAGUGGGAGCUGACCUUGUGUGCAGUCGUCCCCGGCUGGACCGCCAGGCCACCUACACCGAGUGCUGCUGCCUAUAUGGGGAGGCCUGGGGUAUGGACUGUGCCCUCUGCCCUGCCCAGGACUCAGAUGACUUUGAGGCCCUGUGCAAUGUGCUGCGCCCUCCUGCAUAUAGCCCCCCACGGCCCGGGGGCUUUGGACCCCCUUAUGAGUAUGGCCCAGACCUAGGCCCGCCUUACCAGAGCCUGCCCUAUGGACCCGAGCUGUAUCCACCCCCUGUGCUACCCUAUGACCCCUACCCACCACCCCCUGGUCCAGGACCCUUCCCUCGCCGGGAAGACCCUUAUCCACCGCCCCCAGGUCCAGGACCUUUCCCCCGCCGAGAAGAUCCUUACCCACCGCCCCCUGGUCCAGGACCUUUCCCCCGCCGGGAAGACCCUUACCCACCGCCCCCACCUCCUGGGCCCUUCCCUCGAAGAGAGGACCCCUACCUACCACCUCCUCCCCCUGGACCCUUCCCCCGCCGGGAGGAUCCCUACCCACCACCCCCUGGACCCUUCCCCCGUCUGGACGACCCCUACCCACCACCCCCCGGACCCUUCCCUCGUCGGGAUGACCCCUACCCUCCACCUCCUGGGCCUUUUGCCCGCCGGGAGGCCCCCUACGGGGUGCCCCCCUUCGACAUGCCAGACUUUGAGGAUGAUGAGGGAGAAGGUGUCUCCUACAGCGAAGCUGACAGUCCUGGGCCCUCCGACCCGGCCACCCGCUGGCGCUAUCGGCCCCGAGACACCCGAGGCUCCUUCUCUGAGCCCGAGGAGGCGACAGAAGGUAGAGGCUAUGCUGGCGCUGGCGCUCUGACUGGGCCCUACGAGGGGCUGGAGGCCGAGGAAUGUGGGAUCCUGGAUGGCUGCGCCCACGGCCGCUGUGUUCGUGUCCCCGAGGGGUUCACCUGUGACUGCUUUGACGGCUACCGCCUGGACAUGACUCGGAUGUCUUGUGUUGACAUCAACGAAUGUGACGAGGCCCCAGGAGACACCCCGCUCUGCGUCAAUGCUCGCUGCGUCAACACCGACGGCUCCUUCCGCUGCCUCUGCCGCCCCGGAUUCGCCCCCACGCACCAGCCUCACCACUGUGCGCCCGCGAGGCCCCGGGCCUGAGCCCCCAGCGCAUCCGGUGCCCUGAGCGCAGUUGGGGCCCCUCCUCAGCCACCUCUGAUCCCAGCCCUUACUGCUGACACGUCCGACCUGCGCCCAUGGCCUCCUUCACGUCCCUGCUCCGUUUUAUACAAGUUUUUUCAAUUAAAAACACCUAUUUUGUAA